UUGCACUCGACCUCAUGCGUGCGAUCUUGAGUUUCCUUGCGACGACGAUCGCGUCGGUCGCGGCCAUGGGCGCCUGCUACGACACGUACGACUUCAAGAACAUCGACCACCACUUUGACGUGAUGCGCCAGCGCUUCUCGACCGUCCGGACCUUCCAGACGUACAUCUACAGCAACAGCCGCAACGUGAUUGACGCUGCGAGCGACCACGGACUUGGUAUCUACGCCGGGAUUUGGAUCCGCGGCCCCGACUACGACAAGGACGUCCAGGCUGUCAUUGAUGGAUAUUACCGCCACCCGAACGCGGUCAAGGCCGUCUAUGUGGGCAACGAGGACCUCGACAACGGCUGGAACCAGUGGCAGGUCAUCGACAAGGUCAACGAUGUCCGGAACCGGCUCCGCGCCGCUGGUAUCAACAACUUGCGUGUCGGGUCGGUGCAGACCGAUGGCGGCUGGCUCCGCAGCCAGGAGCUCUACAACGCGUGCGAUAUCGUCGGUGUCAACAUUUACGAGUUCUUUGGCGGCUCGCACGAAGACCGCUGGAACGCGGUUGUCAAGAAGUACGGCGGUAGCAAGCUCAUGAUCACAGAAACCGGUUGGCCGUUUGGUGGCGGCAACUACGGUAACCAAGUCGCGUCAUACGACAACGCGAUCAAGCACUUCAACAAGAUCCGGUCCUGGAUGAAUGCGGGCAACGGCGGCGAAGACGUCAUGUACUUUAUGUUCCACGACAACCCGGGCAAGUGGCCCGACUACGAAAAGCAGUUUGGUCUGGCCAACUCGAACGGUCAGUGGAAGUUUGACUUUGGCCCAGCGCCCAAGCCGCCAUCGGGGUCCUGCUCGGCGCCCGAGUGGAACACCGACUACCAAGGCAACGAUCUCUUCAACUUUGCCAUCACGGGCGACAUGAACAGCCUCAUCACGCAGUGCUGUGCCAAGUGCACGUCGACGUCCAACUGCGGCGGGUACUCGAUCUUUGAGAACCGGUGCUACAUCAAGUCGGCGAUGACUGCUCCCAAGCCGAAGCAACCGCCGCCGCCGGUCAAGGGUUCGUGCUCGGCACCCGAGUGGAACACCGACUACCCAGGCAACGAUCUCUUCAGCUUUGACAUUUCGGGCGGCAUGGCCUCUCUCAUUACGCAGUGCUGCGCCAAGUGCCUCGCGACGUCCAACUGCGGCGGGUACUCGAUCUUUGAGAACCGGUGCUACAUCAAGUCGGCGAUGAAUGGCAAGAAGGGCGUCAACGGCGUCACGACCGCGCGCCGUCAAUAG